AUGGCUCAUUCGAAAUUAAUUCAACGUAAUACUGUAAUUCCUACCAAGAAAUCUCAAAUUUUUUCGACCGCUUCUGAUAAUCAACAUACAGUCACUAUUCAAGUAUAUGAAGGUGAACGACCAAUGACAAAAGAUAAUCAUUUGUUAGGUAAAUUUGAUUUAACUGGAAUUCCACCAGCUCCACGCGGUAUUCCACAAAUUGAAGUAUCCUUUGAAAUUGAUGCUAACGGCAUUUUGCAAGUAAGUGCUGAAGAUAAAGGAACUGGCAAUAAAGAAAAAAUUGUCAUAACAAAUGAUCAAAAUCGUUUGACACCUGAGGAUAUUGAUCGCAUGAUUCGCGACGCUGAAAAGUUUGCCGACGAAGACAAAAAAUUAAAAGAGAAAGUCGAUUCGCGUACUGAGUUAGAAUCGUAUGCAUAUAGUUUAAAGAACCAAAUAAGCGAUAAAGAAAAAUUAGGUGCCAAAUUGAACGAUGACGAGAAAACAAAAAUUGAAUCUGCCAUUGAUGAGACCAUUAAAUGGAUGGAACAAAACGUGGAUGUAGAUGCAGAAGAAAACAAAAAGCAGAAAAAAGACUUAGAAGGCAUUGUUCAACCAAUUAUUGCUAAAUUGUACCAAGGCGCUGGUGGUGUUCCACCCUCUGAAGAUAGUGAUAAUUUGAAAGAUGAACUGUAAAGUGUAGUUAUACCAUUUAGUUUUAAUGGAACUUUGAAAUCAACUUAGACUGAUUCGCACUUAAUUAACUGUUUAAUUUGUUUGAUAACUUUGCAACAUUCAUUUGUAAUAAGCUACCAUAAACUCUUCGAUUUUUACGAAGCGUUUUAUAAUUUAUUUCGAUUAAAAAUAAUAUAAACAUA